GAGAGAGAUUUCUGAAGCGAGACAGAGAGGAGGAUGAAACAGUCUCCUGAAGGCACUGGUGGCACCGCUCUGCAAACACCAAGUUGGGGACUGAAGGAGCAAGGAAGAAGCCAAGAUGUCCGUGCCAAGCUCCCUCUGACUCGCUGCACGGUCACCUUCCAGGGCCAUCACAGUGCUUGAGCAGGAACCACAGCCACUGCAGUUGUCCUCUGAGGGGCUGUGACUGUCACACCGGAGGAACUGAUCCAUCCCUGCGGGUUUCCCACCUCCAUCCCUGGCCCUCUGCAGCACAACCCCUAUGCUGUUUGACUCCCAGAGAAGAUGUCUCUCCCCAAAAUCCAAAUAGAAGAGGCACUGGACAACACGGAUGCUGGUUCUGGAGGUGCUGCUCCUCCUGAUGACCACCUGAGGAGCCUCAAGGCAUUGACUGAGAAGCUGAGAUUGGAGACGAGGCGCCCAUCCUACUUGGAGUGGAAGGCAAAGCUGGAGGAGCAGGCAUGGAAGAGCCCUCAGCCAGCAGGAGAAGAGGAGAAAGGGAUGACCGAGGCCAAAAAGAACCCAGGGGAGACUGUGCCCUUGAGGAAGGUGCAGGUGCAUCUCAAUGGGAGCCCUGUCCAGGACAAGGUGACUCUUACCUCAGGGAGGAUAGGUGGCUUUGAGAGCAUCGAUGAAGCUUUGACGUGGCUCAGGAAGGAACUGACAGAAAUGCGCCUGCAGGACCAGCACCUGGCCAGGCAGCUCAUGAGGCUCCGAAGUGACAUCAACAAGCUGAAGAUUGAGCAGACCUGUCACCUGCACCAGCGGAUGCUCAACGAUGCCACCUACGAGCUGGAGGAGAGGGAUGAGCUCUCUGACCUCUUCUGUGACUUCCCCUUGGUCAACUCCUUCAGCCUCUCCACCCCGCUCAAGCUCAUUGGGGUCACCAAGAUGAACAUCAACUCCCGACGGUUCUCCCUCUGUUGAAGUUGGGGGUGGGGGGGGCAAAUAAGGGGGGAGAAGAAAAGGGAAAGGAGAAAAGAGAGAGAGGACUGGGCAGUGCCAGGGCUCUCUCUGCCUGAUGGUUGGGCAAAAAAAAAAAAAAGAAAGAGGUCAAAGAGGAGCAGAGGGAAAAGGAGAACCUGUCUUGGUGGCAGGGGAGAGCAGCAGAGCUGGGCACUGAGAUGUCCCCAAAGAUGCUUAUGGAGAAGACAGGACCUGCAUGGAGGAAGCAUGGAGAGCAUCUGAACCCACCAUGUGCACUUAGCCUUGGCAAAGUCCUUCCUCCUUCUCUUUCCCCCAUCACCCUCCAGUAACUAUGAGGAUGCAGCUCCAGCGUGGUUGCUUGUACUCAAAAAUCAAAAUGGAAGAGCAGUCACAAAGCAAACCAAAAUCCCUUUCCCUGUCCCUUUUACCUCCUCCCAGGCUAGGGUCAUCUCUUCAGAAGUUAUUAUCCUCCAUGGAUGUCUCUUUGGGCAUCAACCCUCAGCCUCUGCUGGUCCAAGCACAGGGUCCAUGGGGCUAUUUCAGGUGGGAAGCUGAUUUCUAGUGGAAAGGAGCCCUCCCAGCAGCUGAGGGACAGUGGGUUAAAUGGUCUGCAGCCCCAGGAAGUGGUGAGAAGAUGUGUUCAUUGCCUUGCUCCAUUGACUCCAGUGUGUUUUAGCUUAAUUUUGCCUGAGGUAUGACCAUGGACACAUUUAUACAGAGACUCCAGCUGGCCAGAAGUCACCUGUGUGCCCUAGAAGUUAUACCCAGAGCAAUACAUGUCUCUGAUCUUGUUGUCAGCAGUGGUCACAAGACACCCUGAGGUUACCCCCUGCAAGCAGGAAGACAAAGGAGGUAAAUUCCAACUAAGAUUCCUCAUCUCCAAGGAAUCACCCCAGGCUGGCAUCCCCCCAGCAGCAGCACCAGCAAAUCCUGGAUCUGUAGCAACACCCAUCCAUCAGGAAAGGGAACUUCAAGAGGAGAAAAGGGACUUCAGUGUAAGUGCGACUGUAAAAUGGAAGGGAAGAUCUUGCUGUGAUGAUCUUUGGACCAGCAACAAGCCCAUGGGAUUCCCUCCCUGCUUGGCAGUGUGGAAGAUGGAUGUUUUAUUUUCUUGCCUUUCAAUGCACCCAGCUGCACCCCUCCCUUUUCGUGGCAUGGAGGGCAGAGACACCCAUGGUGUAGCCCAUCAAGGGCAUGGACUCCAGAGGUCUAUCCAUAGCAAUCUUGGGACACUCGGAAGCCACGUGGGUGCCCUUGGGCUCCCCCUCCAGUGCUAACACCUCUUCUGACCAUAUCAGAGGGGUGCAAUCUCUCAACCCAGCUCCCCCACCCUGCUCUCCAUCAGGUGGAAAUCUCUGCAGCUGAGUGGACGUGGCUGUGUCCAGGCAGCACCAACCCCAGCCCUGGGGAUGAGGGUUGGAGAUGCAAGGCUGAAAGCUUUGUGAUUGUCUUGCCAUGCCUGUACCUGGCUGUGUCUGUAAGCUGUGUGUGUGUAUAAUUUGUUGUGUGUGUGCAUGGGAGCUCCUCUCUCAGAAGGUUGGGUAGGGGACCUGUGUCUUUGUUCCCAAACCUGUGAUGUGAUGCUGAAGAUGCAACGAGGCUUCAAGACUUGGGCUUUCCACAGGAUGUGGAGGUCGAGGCAGAGGAGACAAAGAAUUCAUUUAAAAAGACAAAUUUCUUCCUGGGAGGAAGAAAUUAAUGUCACAAAGUGGUUCAUAGCCACGUGUGGGGAUGGGGACAGUCAGGGGACUCUGGAGCUGAGUUGUCCUCCACCUCCUACAGUACAUAACCCCUUGGUGAUGCCUCCUCCUCCUCUAUAAAGCCCACUGAGGAUCAUUUCUUUCUGCUAAGGAAGGAGAUAUAUUGGGCACUGGAGCUCUGUCUAUCCCACUAAGGUAGUCAAUGUCGUGCCUGGCUGUUGGAGCUUCUGCUGCCCAACUUUUGAAGGUUUUAUUGGGUUGUGACCCAGACUGGACAAGACAACCAGCCACGAUGCCAUUUAGCUUACUAGUAGAGAAAUAGCCUUAUUUCCCCAUGGAGGUCU